AUGGUUGCACUUAUCUUUGAAAGCUGUAAAAUACUACUAUUACUACUUUGUGUUGAGUCCACACAAUCGCAAUAUUGUGGAAUUCCUCAAUUGCCGUUAGAGAAAUACGAGCAAGACUUUGACGCCAGAUUCAUAUCGACACCUCUAGACAGAAACAUACCCUCGCCGCCGGAAUUAAAUCAAGGCGACUGUGGCGUGUCUAAAAACGACCAAUCAAAGCAGAUCGUCAAGGGCCAUGAUGCUCCAGCCAAUGCUUGGCCCUGGCAGAUCCUGUUGAUCGGCAGCUCAUACAUGUGUGGAGGAUCUAUCAUACAUCGUGAAUGGGUCGUGACGGCGAAACACUGUGCUAAAGAAAAUGUUGUUUCAAUCUACUAUGGAAGCAUCAGUUAUAGAAAGGACUCCGUGCAGCCGAUUUGUUUGCCUCCAGACAAUGUUUGGGAUACCACGCCUUGUUUUGCCACAGGCUGGGGGAUAACAUCUAGAGAGAAGGAUACACUUCCCGACACGCUGCAGCAAAUUCGGAGCAGGAUAAUCAAACAAACCGUAUGCCAGGCUGCCCAAACAGUUAAGGGACUCUUCAGCCAUAGAGGGUUUUAUUACUGUUUACAGUCCGUGGAGUUCCCUACUGGAGAGUACGCCGGCUCCCAUAUGGGGGACUCGGGAGGUCCAUUGAGCUGCUUGAAGAAUGGACGCUACUACUUAGUUGGAGUAGCUAGCCAUCUUACAAGAUCGGAUGGAAGUCUGAUAAGUUUUUAUGCAGCUGUGCCUAGGGCUGUCCCCAUUAUAAUUGCCGGCAUGAAAGAAAAUGCCUAGCUCAUUUGUAUGGAUCUGAAAAUAUCGUUUUCGCGAGGAGUAGAUUAAAAACUCCAGCCUGUCUGAUUACUUGGGCAGUUGUCACAUAGAUUAAGCUGUGGAAUGGCGAUCUCUUUUAUUUUUCUUCUUUCUCUUUUUAAAAUUAUUUUCUUGGACAAUCCAUAUACUCCCAGUGACUUGAUCGAAGUCGAAGAAAGCUGAUGUACCAACCUUUUUAUACAUAAAAUACUUAAAUCAUUUAUUUUUUAAUCAGAGAAACACUGUUUUUUUCCUAAAUGAAGUUAAUUUGAAUGUACUCAAGUAGUUUUUUUUGGCUACACUACAAACUAAAGAUACACGCAAUUCUGUAGUCGCCGACAUUCAUCUAUGAGUCAUUCCGU